GGCUGAGCCCCUGAUACGGUGACGUCACACUCCCGGAACGGCGAAAGUCGAAACCCCACCAAGCACAACCGCGUUCCAACCAUGGACGCCGGCGGCGCACGUCCAUCGGCACCGUCGGCCGCCGCUGCCGCAGGCACCGCAGUUGCGGGGGCCUCCGCGGCGGACGAGCCCCGGGACGCGCGGGUGGUGCGGGAGCUCCUGCGCUCGAUGGGUCUCGGCGAGGGCGAGUACGAGCCCCGCGUCGUGCACCAGUUCCUCGACCUGGCAUACCGGUACGUCGGAGACGUGCUCGGGGACGCCCAGGUCUACGCCGACCACGCCGGGAAGGCUCAGAUCGACGCCGACGACGUCAGCCUCGCCAUCCAGGCCAAGGUCAAUUUCUCCUUCUCCCAGCCGCCGCCGCGCGAGGUUCUCCUUGAGCUGGCCCGUAGCCGAAACAGAAUUCCACUGCCCAAAUCAAUUGCUCCUCCAGGCUCAAUUCCCCUCCCACCUGAGCAGGACACACUGUUGGCCCAGAACUACCAACUCCUACCUCCAUUGAAGCCACCACCUCAAUAUGAGGAAACAGAGGAUGAGAAUGAAGAAUCCAACCCAAGUCUGACACCGAACCCAGCAAAUUCUAAUCCAACCUUCUCGCAGGAUCAGAGAAAUAACGAGCAACAGCACACUCCCCAACAUGGUCAGAGGGUUUCAUUCCAACUCAAUGCUGUGGCAGCUGCUGCUGCAAAGCGUCCUCGGAUGACCAUUGAUCAGCUGAACAUGGGCUAACCAUUCAUCGUCGUCGGUUAGACUAGUUUCCUUUUCCUCAUCCUCUAGUCUGGAGAAUAAUGUUUUGAAGAGAUUAGUGUUGUAUUGGUAUGAUCUUAUUGACUACCACCCACCUAUUUAACCACGUGUGCAGUACAGCAGCAGCAUAAGUUUCUGCCUGCAAGAACGUUGCUUUAGGGAAGGAAAACAACUGUGCUAGUAGUGUAUUUUGUACUUGCUCACUAAAAGGUUAAUAUCUGCUACAAUGGUAUCUGGGUCUGCAUGUUCUUAGUAAAAUUAGCAUUUAUCUCAAGAGGGCAAAAAUUGCAUUAUUAGUAUUGCAA